CUCCCUCAGACGAGGAACACACAUCUCUCACGCACAUGCAAAAAUAAUCUCAUAUCAAUGCAAAUUAUGACUGAAGGACGCGAUAUUAACAUCGGUUGAAACAUUUCCAACAGUUGUGUCACGCAUGUCUUAAAAUCACAGCGCCUACCGAAGCAGAACUUUGUCUGCUGAAACUCGUAUUGCGUUUACAAAUUCAACAGGCGCGUAAAUUAGUUAGUGCUUUCGGCUAUGUAAAUAAUAUUUAAGUAACGUUGAAUUUUAACGGUUUUCCUAAAAUCUAUUUUUACUGUUGGUAUAUUUAAACGUGUUGUCUGUUCAUAAAAUAAGUUUUGUAGUGUGUUCCUAACAAUGGAUUGUUGAUAAACGAUGCGUAAGCGUGUUAUAGAUGACUUUAAUGAGUAAUCCAAAUCAGUGAUCUUGUGCUCAAUGAAAACUCAAUUGAGAACUCUGAUUAUGUUAAAGUAAACAGAAGGGUGCAUUGAGGCCGCGGCGGCAGGAUGCUGAGCCCGAAGAUCCAGCGCGGCGUACGCAUCAACGACGGCCAGCUGACUGCGCUUUCCGACCGCGCACAAUACGACCACUCGCAGGCGGGCUACCUGCACAAACGUAGCUCGGACAACACCAAGUGGCAGCUGCGCUGGUUCAUUCUGUACCAGAAUCUGCUGUUCUACUACGAGUCGGAGAACAACACGCGGCCGACCGGGGUGCUGAUGCUGGAGGGCUCCUACUGCGAGCGGCUCAGCAAGGCGCCCAUGGAGAGGAACGCUUCGUUUUGCUUCAUAAUCUCCUACCGACGCGAGAGUCAGCGGCAGUACGAGCUGCGGGCCGCCUCCGAGGUGGACUGCGUGCACUGGGUGGACGCCAUCCGCGAGGCCAGUUUCAACAAGUUGCUACUCCAAAAGGAGGAGUUGGAGCAGAAGCAGCUGCAUUUGCUGCAAGUGGUGGAGAGCGAGCGUACCUCCCGCUGGCAGUACGCCCAGCAGUGCGAUGAGCUCGCUAACGAGGUUAAGAAGCUCAGAACCGAGCUGUGCACAUACAAGAAGGAGCAUGAACCCAGCACCCGAGCAGCGUCUACCACCAGUCUGUCUCCCACCGAUUCACCGGACAUUGAUCCGGCAGAACUAAGGAAAAUCAAAAAAGUUCAAAGCUUCUUCCGAGGAUGGCUGUGUCGGCGUCGAUGGAAGCAGAUUGUGGACCAGUACAUCAAGAGCCCACACGCGGAAAGCAUGAGAAAACGAAACAGCUUGGUGUUCAAAAUGGUGGAAGCAGAAGAGGAAUACCUUGAACAGAUGGAGAUAUUGGUAACCUGCUUCCUGCGACCUUUCAAGAUGGCGGCUAGUUCCAAGAAGCCCCCGUGCACCCACGAGGACGUCAACUCCAUCUUCCUGAACAGCGAGACGGUGCUGUUCCUCCACCAGAUCUUCUUCAAGGGGCUCACCUCCAGGAUGGAGUCUUGGCCCACUCUCGUACUAGGAGACCUAUUCGACAUGUUGCUGCCGAUGCUGAGCAUCUACCAGGAGUACGUGCGCAACCACCACUACUCGCUGCAGGUGUUGACCGAGUGCAAACAGACCCAGCCCUUCGCGCACCUGCUGUCGCGGCUCGAGACCAAGCCUGCCUGCCAGGGCCGCUCGCUCGAGACCUUCCUCACCUACCCGAUGCAUCAGAUCCCGCGGUACAUCAUAACACUGCACGAGCUGCUGGCGCACACGCCGCACGACCACGUGGAGCGGCGCAGCUUACAGCACGCGCGUGCGCAACUCGAGGAGCUCUCGCGGCAGAUGCAUGAUGAGGUAACCUAUCAAGCGAGCAGUUUAUUACAAUGUCUGUAA